ACGCCUAUUUCGAGUAACUGCCAGCCUCACUCCUCUCCAAAAAACGUAAACCUAUCGACUUUGUGCAGGAUGGGCGACAAAGAUGAAGAACCCGAGAUCACCCCAGCCAGCUCCCCUCCUCACGGCCGAUCGAGCUCCGAGGCAGUCCCCGACAAUGAAAGAGCUGUGUUUGAAUACAUCCGCCCUGAAGACCGGGAAGAAUUGACCCGUAUUGCCUCCAAUUUCCCUCGUCACCGCGCUGCGGACUCUGGAGUUGCUGGCAUGGGCGGCAUUGAAAAGAAAGAUACCCUGGAAGAUGUUGAGCUCGGUGACCCCGUCCUCGAUCCUACGAGUGACCAAUUCGACCAUUACAAAUGGGCUAGGAUGAUGCUGAAGCUGAUGGACAAGCAAGGAGUGCCUCUGCGCAAGUCGACAGGUGUUGUCUGGCAAAAUUUAAACAUUGCUGGCUCUGGCUCCGCCCUUCAGUAUCAGAACAACGUUGGUUCAGUGCCACUGGCUCCAUUCCGGCUGCAGGAGUAUAUCUCCUUUGGGAAGAGUCAUUCGCAGAAGCAAAUCCUUCGCAACUUUGACGGAGUGCUGAAGAGCGGCGAACUGCUGAUCGUCCUAGGACGGCCUGGUAGUGGUUGCUCUACCUUCCUGAAGACCUUGUCUGGAGAACUGCAUGGGCUUAAAGUGGGCAAAGGCUCCGAUAUCCAGUACAAUGGUAUUCCCAUGGAGAGAAUGCAUCGCGAAUUCAAAGGAGAGGUUCUCUACAAUCAAGAAGUUGAUAAGCACUUCCCACAUCUCACAGUCGGCGAAACGCUGGAGUUUGCGGCCGCAGCUCGCACACCUGAGAAUCGACUCAAUGGAGUCAGUCGAGUCAAAUUUGCCAAGCAUAUCACACAGGUCGCUAUGGCUGUCUUUGGCCUCAGCCACACGUACAAUACCAAAGUUGGCGACGAUUAUAUCAGAGGUGUCUCGGGAGGUGAACGAAAGCGAGUCAGUAUCGCCGAGAUGGGAUUGUCCGGAGCCCCAGUCGGAGCAUGGGAUAAUAGCACUCGCGGUUUAGAUUCUGCGAGUGCCCUAGAAUUUGCCAAGUCACUGCGAGUCUCAGCAAACUUGACUGGUUCUUGUCAUUCGGUUGCAAUCUAUCAAGCCUCCCAAGCAAUCUACGAUGUUUUCGACAAGGUCAUCGUGCUCUAUGAAGGAAGAGAAAUCUUCUUCGGACCUUGCGGUACAGCCAGAGACUACUUUAUCGAUAUGGGCUGGGAGUGCCCUCCUCGUCAAACGACCGGUGACUUCCUCACUUCAGUGACUAAUCCACAAGAGCGAACUGCUCGGGAGGGCAUGGAAAAUAAAGUCCCUCGCACUCCGGACGAGUUUGAAGCAUACUGGAAGAAGAGUCCCCAGUGCGGUUACCUUCAGAAGGAGAUUGCGCAGUAUCGCGAGGAAUAUCCACUCGGUGGAACUGCAGGGCGAGACUUUGACGAGACCAAGCGAAUGCGACAGGCAAAGCAUGUCCGGCCGAAGAGUCCAUAUGUCAUAUCGAUUCCGAUGCAGGUCCGUCUUUGCGUGAAAAGAGCUUAUCAACGCAUCUGGAACGAUAAGCCUUCUACUCUGACAACUGUCAUUGGACGAAUUGUCAUGUCUUUGAUCAUCGGUUCAAUUUAUUUCGGAACUCCAAACGCAUCCGCGGGGUUCCAAAGCAAAGGCGCCGCUCUGUUCUUCUCGGUUUUGAUGAACGCUCUUAUCAGUAUUACCGAGAUCAAUUCGCUCUACGAUCAACGACCUGUCAUUGAGAAGCAAGCCUCUUAUGCCUUUGUGCAUCCCUUUGCCGAAGCUUUAGGGGGAAUUGUCGCGGACAUACCAGUCAAAUUCGUGUCAGCGGUGGUGUUCAACAUCAUAUUCUACUUCUUGGCAAGCCUGCGAUAUGAACCUUCUCAAUUCUUCAUCUUUUUCCUCUUCACUUUCCUCAGUACGUUGGCAAUGUCAGGUGUCUUCCGAACUUUGGCAGCAUCAACCAAGACCCUAGCACAAGCUAUGUCCAUGGCUGGAGUCAUCGUGUUGGCCAUUGUCAUCUACACGGGCUUCGUCAUCACUGCGCCUGAGAUGAGCAAAAUCCCUUGGUUCAGCUGGAUCCGUUGGAUCAAUCCGAUUUUCUACACCUUCGAGGCCCUGGUCGCAAACGAGUUCCACGGACGGCAGUUCGAGUGUUCUCAGUUCAUUCCUGGGUACCCAAAUUUGACCGGCGACUCUUUCAUCUGUUCCGUUCGAGGCGCUGUUGCUGGAGAAAGAACCGUUUCUGGAGAUGCCUACAUAGAAACCCAGUACCGGUAUACCUACGCGCAUAUUUGGAGAAAUCUGGGUAUCCUCAUCGCCUUCUGGAUUUUCUUCAUGGCAUUGUACUUGAUUGCCUCUGAGCUCAACUCUGCUACAUCUUCUACGGCCGAAUUCCUUGUUUUCCGAAGAGGUCAUGUGCCUGCACAUUUGCGACAUCUCGAGAAAGGUGGAAAAGCAGGUAGCGCAGCUGAGAUUACUCCUGUCACGAAGAACUCAUCUCAGAAAGAUGACACUUCGGCUAUUCCAUCACAGCAUGACAUCUUCACUUGGCGAAACGUGUGCUACGAUAUUCCUGUCAAGGGUGGCCAGCGACGACUCUUGGAUCAUGUUUCUGGAUGGGUUAAACCUGGGACGCUUACAGCUUUAAUGGGUGUCUCCGGUGCUGGAAAGACUACGCUGCUUGAUGUCCUAGCCAAGCGUGUUUCAAUUGGAGUUGUUACUGGUGAUAUGCUCGUCAACGGGAAGCCCCUAGACACUAGCUUCCAGAGGAAGACCGGUUAUGUCCAACAGCAGGAUCUUCAUCUCCCGACCACGACUGUUCGCGAGGCGUUACGGUUCAGUGCUACGCUUCGUCAACCAAAGUCUGUGUCAAUGAAGGAGAAGUACCAGUAUGUGGAAGAUGUCAUCGACAUGCUCGGUAUGCAAGACUUUGCAGAUGCUAUCGUGGGUAUUCCAGGAGAGGGAUUGAACGUGGAGCAGCGCAAACUCCUGACUAUCGGGGUUGAGCUCGCUGCUAAACCUGCACUUCUCAUUUUCCUCGACGAACCGACAAGUGGACUGGAUUCUCAAAGCUCUUGGGCCAUCUGUGCGUUCCUGCGAAAGCUAGCACAGCAUGGUCAGGCCGUUCUUUCAACAAUCCAUCAACCUUCUGCGUUACUAUUCCAGCAGUUCGAUCGCCUACUCUUCUUGGCGAAGGGAGGAAAGACAGUCUACUUUGGUGAAAUUGGUGACCAAUCUCGAACGCUCUUGGAUUACUUUGAAAGCAACGGAGCAAGGGUUUGUGGCUCCUCUGAGAAUAAAAAGCCUGCCGAGUAUAUGCUUGAAAUCAUCGGCGCUGGUGCUUCUGGUAAAUCCACAAAGGACUGGUCUGUUGUCUGGAAUGAGAGCCAACAGGCAAAGGGUGUGCAAGCAGAGAUUGAUCGGAUCCAUGAUGAACGAGCGUCGGCUACCGCAAGUGAGGAUGAGUCUCAGCAUGGUGAAUAUGCUAUGCCGUUCUUAUCGCAGUUGUGGUGCGUCACACACCGUUCGUUCCAGGGCUUCUGGCGCGAGCCGAGCUACGUGUGGGCCAAGAUAAUGCUUGCCACCCUGUCCUCUCUUUUCAUCGGUUUCACCUUCUUCAAACCAGAUGGUUCGCUUCAAGGAUUCCAGGAUGUUCUUUUCAGUGCAUUCAUGUUGACUUCGAUUUUCUCGACGCUGGUUCAACAGAUUAUGCCCAAGUUUGUCGUCCAGCGGUCUCUUUAUGAAGUCCGUGAGCGUCCUUCCAAAGCUUACUCAUGGGCCGCAUUCCUCAUUUCCAAUGUCAUCGUCGAGAUCCCAUAUCAAGUCUUCGUUGGUAUAAUCGCAUGGGCUUGCUACUACUACCCGAUCUAUGGUGCAGGGCAGGCCUCGCAGAGACAGGGCUUAAUGCUUCUGUUUGUCGUUCAGUUUUACAUCUUCACGUCUACCUUUGCGUCUUUCAUCAUCGCCGCCCUUCCUGACGCUGAGACUGGCGGCACCAUCGCAACCUUGAUGUUCAUCAUGACCCUCACCUUCAACGGAGUCAUGCAGCCACCAAGCGCCUUACCGGGAUUCUGGAUCUUCAUGUACAGGGCUUCCCCACUGACUUACUUGAUCGCGGGUAUCACAGCUACUGGUUUGCACGCUAGGAAGAUUGAAUGUGCCGAGGCUGAGCUGAGCGUAUUCAAUCCUCCAUCCGGCCUCACAUGCGGUGCAUAUUUGAAUCAGUAUGUCACGGCCGCGGGAGGACAGCUUUACAAUCCCACGGCUACAAGCAACUGCGAGUACUGUCAACUCAGUAACGCCGAUCAAUACCUUGCUUCGAGCAAUAUUUACUACAGUGAACGCUGGCGCAAUUUUGGAAUUGGCUGGGCAUAUAUCGGCUUCAAUAUCUUUGGCACCGUGCUCAUGUACUACAUGUUCCGUGUCAAGCACUACAACCCAACAUCAUUGGUGAGAGGGAUUCGUAAUGGCGCUUCGUUCUUCUGUCGUGUGCUCAAGCGGCGCUCUGGUACGACGCCCAGGGGUAAAGAGGCGGACAACGGUAGGCUGGUCUAA